AUGUCGUUGACAAACCAGAAUGAAGUCGGCGACCCAGUGUUCAUUAAUGUAGAGGAAAACUCUGCAUCACCAACACCGCGUUCAUAUGCACGCACUUCUGCUGAAUAUACUGCAAACGAUUUCGAGGAACCUGAAGAAACAAGCUCCUUGUUAGCUGAUGGGAAUCUCACAAAGAAAAAGAAUGCUAAAUGGUUAAAGAAUAAACUUAGAUGGAAGGCUCUGGUUAAAUUCCUUAUGUUACUUGCUUUUAUUGGGUUGAUCGUAGUUCUUGCGAUGGUUUUCCAUUUACAAGAACAUAUCAAAGAUGUGCUAAGAUAUAUUGAAAAACAUCAUAAAUAUGGAAUACUGAUAUAUGUUGGUGUUUAUACUCUUUGCGUGUGGACUUUUUUGCCUGGAUCCAUAAUAAGCAUCGCUGCUGGUUUUCUUUUCAAGCCUAUCAUUCUCGCCGGCGCAAUUAUCAUAGCAGGAGAUUUGUUGGGAGCCUUCGGAACUUUUAUGUUUGGGCGUUAUAUAUUCUCUGAUUGGGUGCGAGCACAGAUCGAAAAGCGACCCACAUUUUUGGCACUUAAUAAUGUGAUCGCUGAUGAAGGUUGGAAGAUCGUUGUUAUGCUUAGAAUGACACCGCUUCCAUUCAAUUUGAUUAGUUUUUUCUUUUCUGUUAGUUCAAUCGAGCUCUUUACUUUCCUCUGGGCGACUGCACUUGGUGUCUUGCCGGGCACAUUUAACGCUGUCUGGAUCGGAUCUUUGGUAAAAAGUUUGAGUGGCAUCGAUAGGCCGAAAUUAAAGGAUCAAGAUAUUGCAAUUAUCACAAUGAAUUUCAUCUUUGUUGGCUGCUGCGUGCUUAGUUUGUCAGUAUUUGGCAAACGCUCGCUGAGGAAAGCUAUUCUGAAAUUACAAGCCUCUAAGGAAUCAAAUCCUUUGUCGAAUCAAGACACCCAAACUCAAGCAAACACUGUUGCUCCUUCAGCAAAUUUACGAGUUGAAGAAGAACCGAUAUUAAGAUCGCAAGGUGGAUUCACACGAAUAGAGAGAAUAAUACUAUCAUCUAUGCUUGUUGUGGCUCUUCUCAAUCUCGCAAUUUGUGUACCCUUGUAUUUUUAUUUUCGCUCUAUUGAGGGAAAGAAGUGA